CUCCACCCAGCGCUUUCCCAUUCAAACAAAGAACACUGGCUCAGCGAGGGACCGGCAAGACGCGACAACAGAGCCGUCUCCUUCUUGUGAACGAGGCGAGAGUGGCAAGCUAGCCUUGCAUAUAGACUACUUUCCCCUGUCCGUCCCUUGGGUUCGUUCCUCGAGAGCCUGGUCAAGCUUGUAGCUUACAGUUCUUCCUGUCUUCACAAAUAUCCGCCUCGCCCCUUCUUCUGAUCCAAUGCCGCCUUCGUCUCAAUAUGAUCGUCCUCGACAGCACCCCGCUGGUAGUGAGGGGUCAGGACAUCCCAGCAAGAGGCGUCGUGACGAUCACGACGAUCAUCGAAGAGGCGGCGGUCGCUAUGGAGAGCCAUCUGGAUCGCGAGACAGGGACUCUCGUCGAAGGGAGGACGAAUUUGAAAGAGGCGCCAAGCGCGACUAUUCAGCGAAUGGAAGUGGCGCAAGUGCCAAUGGUCAGAGGGGGUAUGGUGGGCGUGAAGUGAGGGACUGGGACCCAAGAGAGCAUAAUACCUCCUCAUCCAGCAGUAGCGGCCAAAAGCGGCCGCGAGACGGAGUCAGCGUUCGAUUUGCGGAAUCUUCAACAACGAACCAGGGUCAUACAGAAUAUUCAAGUCGAGACGAUCGACUAUCCUCAGAUGCAGACAUCGAGUACGAGCUUCAGACAGAGGAAGACCAAGCCAGGCUCAUCGAGGAGCGGCGAAAGAGGCGUCAAGCGAUCCUGCUCAAGCAUCAAAACGACGCGACACAAUUGAGCAUACCCAGCGCAAGUGACGUGCAAAGCCCCAAGACCGAGCAGAUCAGACCUUCCACUUCGAAAACAGGCACAGAGUCUCCGCCAUCGGACGAGGAGCGCAAAUUUGAGGUGGAGCUUGAGAAGGACUUUAAGGACAAUCAAGCAGGUGUGCAGCAGCGAUCUGGUGCGACUACCAAGGAUCGAGGCGAGGGAGUCUCGGCAGCAGAAUACGACCCGAGCAUAGAUCGGGCUCUAGAUGAUGCAAGGGCCCGCGAACGGUUGAACCAUCAUCAGAAUGGGACGGAGGAGGUCACUGCAACGGGAAUGGCCGCUGGCAUUGGAGAGGCAAAGGAGAGAGUCGAAGACCGAGAAGACGGGAGUGAUUACGAAGAGGUGGAAGUGGACGAAGAGGACGACGUCGAUGACAUGUUCUCCUUUGGUGACGAUGAUGACGGCGGCAACCAAGAGAAGAAGAAAAAGAAGACCAUUCGGGUCAAAAAAGGGACUGUCCCAUCAACCGCUGUUCCGACCUCUUCUGCUGCGAGCCUGAAGGACAAUUGGGACGACCCUGACGGGUACUAUCGCAUCAUCUUGGGCGAGCGUCUUGGUGAGAAGGGCCGAUUCCAAGUCUUUGCCAACCUCGGUCGAGGAAUGUUCAGCUCCGUCGUGAAGGCACGAGACAUGAUGCGCGAUGAGAAAGAGGUAGCCAUCAAGAUUGUGCGCAGACAAGAGACGAUGUACAAGGCAGGUCUCAAGGAGAUGAGCGUUCUCGAGAAAUUGGCGAAGAUGGACCCCGAGGACAAGCGUCAUAUCAUUCGUCUUGAGGGCCACUUUGAGCACCGCAACCAUCUCUGCAUGGUCUUCGAGUCCAAGAGCAUGAAUCUGCGCGAAGUAGUCAAACGAUUCGGCAAGGACGUUGGUCUGAAUCUUCGUGCAGUUCGGGCAUACGCCCACCAGAUGUUCUUGGCCUUGUCUCUGAUGCGCAAGGCAACCAUCAUGCACGCUGACAUCAAGCCUGAUAACAUCCUCGUCAAUGAAACAAAGUCGGUCCUCAAGAUCUGCGACUUGGGCUCGGCAUCGGACCUCAGCGAAAUGGAGAUCACACCCUACCUCGUCAGCCGCUUCUAUCGUGCACCAGAAAUCAUCCUCGGCCUGCCGUACGACUGCGCCAUCGACAUGUGGUCCAUUGGCUGUACGCUGUACGAGGUCUACACAGGCCAGAUCUUGUUUCCAGGUCGCAGCAAUAAUCAAAUGCUGCUUCUGCACCAGGAGCUGCGCGGGACGAAAUUCACCUCGAAGCAACUUCGGCGUGCCCAAUUCUCCAGCCACCACUUUGACGAGCAGAACAACUUUCUCAGCUUCAGCACAGUCGAAAAGGCGGCAGGCGCGCCUCUAGUCCGAAAGGUACCCCAGUUUACGGGCGGUGAUGGCGUGCUGAGGGAGCGGCUCUUGCCUGCCAACACAGCCAGAGGGCUAUCGGACGUGGAACUUAAAUUGACCAACCAAUUCAUCGACCUCUUGACCAAGACGCUGGAUCUUGACGCAGUCAGGCGCAUCACGCCUCAACAGGCGCUUCAGCACCCAUUCUUCUCCACGCCUUAGCCGUCAUUCUUUGUUCUAUACUACCAUCAACAUCAUCACAUGACAAUCAUUCAUUACUUCCAUUGUCCAGU